AUGCACCUCUGUGGGGGCGAAGGGCUGCUGACCGGGAUGGACUCUGAGGGGCAUCAGAGGCAGCUGAAGAAGAAACAGAAGAACCGGGCAUCUGCCCAGCGCAGCCGUAAGAAGCACACGGAAAAGGCAGACGCCCUGCACCAGCAGCACGAGUCACUGGAGAAACACAACCAUGCUCUUCGGAAGGAGAUCCAGGGCCUGCAGGCUGAGCUGGCAUGGUGGGGUAGGGCCCUGCAUAUGCACGAACGCCUGUGCCUGAUGGACUGUGCCUCCUGCUUGGCUCCUUUGCCCUCCAGCUGCUGGAGCCAGGCCAGGCGGCCCCUGGACCCCUCACCUCAUAGACAACAUGACUGCCAGGAGCAACUGAGACUAUUCCAGACCCCAGUCUCCUCUUCCUCUGCUCAGCAACUCUCUCCGGAUCUGCAGCCUCAUGGUUCCCCUGGCCUUGUCCUGUCCCCUUUGCCCUCACUGUCCCUUGGCCCUACUACGAUUACUGCACCUCCUGCUCAACUGUCCCCCAGCCCUGUCCAAUCUGCCUCGCCCUCUGUCUCCAGCCUACUGAGACCUUCCUCCAAGCUCAAAGCCCUUCUGCCCAGCUUGUCAGCCCAACCUGCCCCUCAACAGCCCCUUGGGCCGGAACACAUCACCAGGGGGAAGCUGGUGUCCUCACCUCACAGUCCCUCGGCUGCUCUGGGGCUGGCCAGUCUGCAGGACGUGGGGCACAAGCCUGCUUUCUCAGCAGCAGACCAGCCAGGGCAGGGUGUGGAUCUCAGCCCCAACCUGCUCCUGGCCUUUCCCCUGCUCUCCUCUGCUCAAGUCCACUUCUAACCUGGCUGCCUGGAGCUGGGCUGGCCCUUCCUCAGGCUUGGAAGCAGACUCAACACACAGCAUCUCCUCCAUUGCCACUGAGGCUGCCCUUCUUGGCUGACCAGCUGGCCCAGGAUUUC